AUGUCGCCUUCUGACCCUCUCAUAUCGAAGGGUCUACUCACUCAACUCAUCCAUACAGCUAUCCCGAUGGCUGAACUUGACCUUUACGGAGACCUGUAUGGGGACGUUGAUGACGUCGGCUCGCCAGUUGCCUUGUCACCCUCUCAACAAGCAACGUCCACUACCGAACCUGCAAGCACAAUGCAGACCGAUCAGAGGGCCAACGCCCCAAGUCCCCCCGCCGCUAUCCCUGACCAUACGAUGAACUCCCGCACCACGUCGCAACCUACGACCUUCUCGAUAUCUACCUACGAAGAUCCGUCGUAUGCGAACAAGAAUCAUCACCCAAUCGGUCAAUCGGAUCCGCCUCAUCCCCCUCGUCCUCCUGUUGAUACGAAUUCUACAGCUCACACUGGCCCGGGUAGCAAAUUAUGGGGAGUCAAACCCUCCGACAUGCCUGAUGAAGGCAAAAUGUUCGUUGGCGGAUUAAAUUGGGAAACCACUGAGGAUGCUCUGAAGCAAUAUUUUACUCAGUUCGGCAAUGUCGUCCACUGUACAAUCAUGAGAGACCCCACCAACGGACGUUCGAGGGGGUUUGCUUUCUUGACCUUUGCCGAUCCAACGGUAGUUAACAAAGUGAUGGUCAAAGAGCACUUCCUCGACGGGAAACUUAUCGAUCCCAAAAGAGCGAUACCCCGGGGAAGUGGCUCAGGUCCACCGGGAAUCGCUGGUGCACCCAUGGCCGACAGACGUGUGGCGCAUCAUCAAUUUGGUGCUGAGACGCCAGCCUCUCUGAGCAACAAACUGUUUUGCCGGGGCAUGCCAGAGGACGCGACUCCCCAAAGUUUCCGAGCUUUCUGGGCGCAGUAUGAUUCGCAAGCCAACAUCGAAGAGGCUAUUCUGAUGAUGGAUCGAGAUAGUAAUCGGCAUCGGGGAUUUGGAUUCAUCAACUUGGUGACUGGUGAUGAUGCGGAGUCCCUUCUAAGGUGUGGACCGUUCGUUAUGGAUGGCCAUCCUUUGGAGGUCAAAAAGAAAGCUCCGAGCCGUGCUAGGUUUGACAGCAGAGAUGAUCUGGCCAAAAUGGCCCCUGCCCCACUCGAUCGCUAUGGGGUGCCCUAUGCUGGACCAGCUCACCAUGAGCCUCCCCCAUUCCAUCCGGCUCCUAUGGCCGGUUACUUCAAGCCAGGAAUGACGGGCCCGAAUUGGAAAGGAUGGAAUCCGUCGAUGGUUCAGCCGAUGGCAGGUGGGCCGAAUCGGGGCCUAUACAUGGGCAUGGGGAUCCCACAUGACGAUCGGGGAUUGGGUCCGGCUCGCGGGAUGAUGCACGAUGUGCCGGGGAGCAUGGUAGGUGCUUACGGCGGGGCGUAUCAUCGGUCUCCUAGUAGCGGCUAUGGCCAUGACUGGCGAGCUGGACCCCCGGGCAUGAGAGCCGCUGCACCAGGCGCUUUCCCUCCGUACCAUCAACACGCCAACCCCCCAUCAUCUGGUGGCCCAUCUCGCAAUCAACGUGGCCCCCGCAGCUACGCUCCGUACUAA